AUGAGAGCCAGCAGUGUCUAGAGAAACUUCCUGGAAACUUGCUGUAGCACAAAGAGGGAAGAAGUACAAAAGGAAGAGGAAGAGUCAGAGCAGAGACAUUCAGCAGAGACCACAUCGGAGAGAAGAGAGAGCAGCAGAAUAAGAUAAAAGAGGAAUAGAGACGCACUGUGCCAAUCACUGAAUCAGGAUGUUUGUUCUCAUCUGGACAACUCUACUCUUCACUGUGAGAGACACAGGUGCCUCCUUGGAGGGAACACCAUUCUGUGAGAAAGGAUUCUGUAUCACUCUUAGUGAAGAAGAAAUAACAGCAGAGGCUGGACUCUGUGUUGUGAUACCGUGUUCUUUCACCACCAGUUAUUACUUCAGACCCCAACAUGUAGUUUGGUACAAAUGUGAACCAUCCAAAACAAAAUGUACUGAUUCAGACAUCAUAUUCAACACUAACAAGAACAACAACAAAACUCAGUCUGGGUUCAGAGGACGAGUGUCACUGUUGGAGCCUGAUGUGAGUCGGAGGAACUGCAGCAUCAUGGUCAAUGACAUCACUGAGUCAGACUCUGGAUCAUAUCAGCUCAGAGUUAAUGGUUUACUGAAUGAGAGGACAGAUGGAUUUAGAUUCUCUCCAAGAACAACUGUUUCUGUCAAAGAUCUGACCCAGAAGCCCACAGUGAUGAUUCCUCCUCUGACAGAGGGACAGCAGAGCACACUGAGCUGCACUGCUCCUGGUCUCUGCUCUGGAUCUGAUCCUGAAAUCACCUGGACGUGGAGAGGAGCAGGAGAGAAGGACUCUCACAUCCCAGGAAACAUCACUGAUUUUAGGACUGAGAAUCUGACUGCUGUCACUUGGAGACACAGCUCAACCCUGACCUUUAACUCUUCAGCUGAACACCACGGUACCAAUAUCAGCUGUAAGGUCAGCUUCACAAACAACAUCACUACAGAGGAGACUGUGACUCUGAAUGUGGCCUAUGUAAGGAAGUUAAAGUCUCGGGAAUACAAGUGUGAAGGAGGGUGAGACUUUGAUUCUGACCUGCAGUGUUGAACGUUUCCCUCCGUCUCUCAUCAAGUGGUACACAUCUUCUGACAGAAACA